UCUGUACUGUAAGAGUGGAGGAGCUCCUAUACAUUGAGAUUACAUCAGAUAUUAUAAUCGAGAAAGUGUGUGAUAAGAACAAGCAGGGCAUCCUGAGAGUCCUCCCGUGUUGCGUGAGUGUUGCAGGAGGGUUGCGCGGUGGUGGGGAGGUGAGAGCUGUCCGGUGCUGAGGAGGGAAGAUGAGCUCAGCGCGCGCUGGGGUGCAGGUAACGUCAGCAGUCGGCCGGAGCAAGGAAAGACGCAUCCCGCGCCCUCUGCUUGGCUUGAAAUGGGAUGAUAUGGGAUUUUUCAUGUCGACGAAGAUCGGAGGGAUUCUUGCGUUUGCCUUGGUAUUCCUGUCCCUGAUGGUGCCAGGAGACUCCGAUGCAGAGGUGAACUGUGAGAACAUUUAUAAGGACUUUUCUGAUUGUGUCCUGGAGCUGGGAGAGAGCAUGGACAACUAUCAGGAGAACGUGACCAGCGAGAGGGGAGUGGAGGCCGUGUGCAGCCACUGGGAAGCUUUCCACACAUGUGCCCUCACAGCGCUGUCCGACUGCAAGGAGGAAGUCAGCUCCAUCUGGGAGACUCUAAGGCAGGACUCCAUGAAGAUGCGCUUCCAGGGAAGUCUGUUCGACCUGUGCAGCCCCAGCUCCUCGCCCAGCAUAAGUUCGCCUCUUGCUGCCCUCACCCUGCCACUGAUAGUGGUGAUCAUGACUUGGCCCAACUGGUACCCUGUAUAGAUGAGGUGAGGGUGAGGGUGAGGAGAUGGGAGGGGUGAGGAGGAGGGCCUGAAAUUACCCUGGGUUCAUUCCUCUUGAGUUCAAACUUAAAGCCAAGGAUUUAAGAGGUACGAGUGUUUUAAUAAGGAUUAUUUUGACACCGAGCCACAGAGGUCUGUGGCAAGCCAAUCAAUAUUUGCUGUGAUGAAUAAUGUUUAAAAUCUCCUCUAGUACUUCCGCUUGAUCCUCCCUUAUGUCUCAAAACUGAUAGUCUAGUUUAGAAAAUUACAGUCAGCCAAUUUAUCAGUCCAGGCAGACUAAGGAUACAUUCUAAGUAUUCAAGGGAUUACAGAUACAAUGUGUGCAGAUCAGAACAGUCUGCAGGUACACACCUGUGGCUCUGGGUUACAAGGAGUGGACACAAUAGGUGCAUCUCAUAACCCUUACAUUGCCUCCUCGACUCCUCCACUUGCGUCCCUUCCUCGCGUCGAGGAGGUAUGGAAGAGACACGAGGAAAUCAUGGGAGGAGAGAGGAACCAAGGAAAUGUGCUUUUAGAGGGAUCCUUUCCUCUGAAGCGUCACAUGAAUUUGUCAGCUGAAUCGGCGGAGUUAGCAACUCUUUCAGCUGCACGGCUUCCGGGAAGGCUGCUCUCGUGUAUCCUAAUUGGUAAUCCCUCCUCAAUGCUCGCUCCUCGGGGCAGAAAUAAGAGCUUUAACACGGCCUUCACCGAGGAGGGACAGAACAACUUCUGGUUCAGCCGAGGACCGAGGAGUCGAGAAGCUAUCAUAAGGGUUAUGAGAUGCACCUAGUGUCAUGAACACCUGUUCAUUCUAAUGCAAUGAAUACUAUAUUUAUGAACAUUAUCAUGUUCAAUUUAUGUAGAUUCAACUCUGAGGUAAUUUUAAAGCAGUAUUUGUUUUUAGUUGUUUUUAUUAUGUUCUAAGACAGCAAGGUGUUAAUGUGUUUUGUGCCCACGCCUUGUAACAUGGAUUGUAUGGUUUUAUCAUGAUAGUUAAAGGAAUGGUUCAACAUUUUGGGAAUUGGAGGAUGAUAUCUCAUCAUGUCUGUACACUAAAUAUGAAGAUACUGCCAUCAGCCAGUUAGCUUAGUUAGUUAGCACACAGCUCUUAUGGCCAUGAAAUAGUUUGACACAUCACUUGCAGUAAAACCACAACUUUUGUAUGGAUUAAACAAAUAACAUGUGAUCUUUAGGCGGAUUUUGUUACCUUUCGACAAAGCUAAGAUAGCUGUUUCCCACCAGUUUCCUUGUCUUUUAGCUAAGCCAAGCUAACUGGCUCCUGGCUGGAGCUUUAUAUUUAGUGUACAGACACAUCCACUACUCUGCAAGAAAGCAAAUACUGAUACGCGUAUUUCUGAAUUAGUGGAACUACUCCUUUAAUUAAGAGUUUAUGUGUAUGUUAGACACCAAAACACAGAUUUUAAUCUCUAGUGAGUUUGUAUAAAUGCAGUCAAACCAUUGUGACGUAAUUAGCUGCCACAGUGCAAGAAAACAUUUAAAGGAGCACUUCACCAAUAAAACUAGCCUGGAUGCCAGCCGAACUUAGCCCCGCCCACAACAUUCGACGUCACAUUCUGACUAGAAUCUGAGUAUGACCAUGUCAGACUACAAUAAAACACCAAUAUCUUAGAAAUUCUUUGCUCUCAGUCAUUGCAAAUUUUUUUUUAAAUAUGUUGUUGACUUAUUAAUCGAUGAAAGAACCAAACCUAAAGACUGAACCAGACAUUAAUCUGACAGACUUAAUUACACUAAAGCUAGCGACUAAACAAUGUUCAGAUGUGCUAUAGGUGAAAUGCCCCUUUAAUCUUUUUCCAAAUGUAGUAAAUGUUUGUGUAAGGGACAAUCAAGCCACUUGUAUGUAACACUUUUGACCCCUUUUCCCCUCCAGCACUUCAGCCCACUGUGGCUGAUGUUGCACGGCUGCUAUAAAGACACCAAAAACAGACAUCUUGACACGGCAUCACACGUUCACUCUCUCAGAACCUCGCCCCACGCUUUGGUUCACUCUAAUGCCUGAUCAAACUUCUGACCUGCUGAUGUUUGUGUAGAAAGAAAAUCUGAAGUGUGACUGUUCAGUGUUUCAUUAUUUCCCACUCCACUUUGUUGGAAAAUGCUCACUUGCAAUUAACACGAUAUUACUAAAACUUUACUUUUUAGUACUCCAAGUACUGCAUAAAUGCAGUUUGUCAUACAGUAUGUAGAUAUACUAUGCAGGGCUGAAUUAUAUUACAGAGAUUUUCAAAGAAGAAGAAUAAUGCAGCCAUGGAGUGUAAUGAAAAUUCACCAAAUAACCAAUGCCUAAGUACUCAUACACAGUAUUUAUUUUACUUUUAAACACCUAUAAUUCAUCUCUAAUGAAGUCAAAUAAUCUAUAUAGCUAAACAAUAGCCUUUUCUUGUAAAAUAUCCAUACAAUCACUUUUCUAUCAAUAGUAUUUCAAUUGAUGAUCGACCAAUUAAUGCAUUGCAUAAUUAUAUCAAACAAAAUAGAUUCCAAACUGUGCUGCUCCAUGUAUCUGUUUCUUGCUUUUAAUCGAUCUAAUUUUGAGAAACUUAGAUCUCAAGCUUCAAAAAAGCAGCCAUGAAUGACUGCGGUGACAGAAAAAAGGGAAUGGGUAUUACAGUUUGUAACAAUAUAAUAAUAAGCCAUGAGAGAUAUCACUAAUUGUAAUGCUAUUUUAAUCAAUAUGAAAUUAGUAUCUAGGUAAAGUUUCCUUCCCAGAGGGAAAUAUGUUUUUAAUGUUACAGCAGUGGUCACCUAGAUUCAGAGCAAACUGAAAAUGAAUGAGCGAAAGCAUCAAUUUGUUUGGUUUGUUUGUUUGUCUAUUUAAAAUGGUGUCACGAUUUGCACAUUUCCUUUAAUGCUGAUGGUCCUCAUAGGCAGUAUCAAAAUAUGGAUGAUUUGCUGAAUAUUUUACGUCAUCUCUUUGAACCCAAAUGCAUGAAAAUUUUAUUGACAGUGCUUCAGAAUAAUGGGCAGUCUGAUAGUAAAAGGAAUGGUUCAACAUUUUGGGAAUUGGAGGAUGCGAUCUAUACCGCUCUCAUAUCUGUACACUAAAUAUGAAGAUACUGCCAGCAGCCAGUUAGCUUAGCUUAGCACACAGCUCCUAUGGCCAUGAAAUAGUUUGAUACAUCACUUGCGGUAAAACCACAACUUUUGAAUGGAAUAAACAAAUAACAUGUUAAUUUGUGAUCUUUAGGCGGAUUUUGUUACCUUUCGACAAAGCUAAGAUAGCUGUUUCCCACCAGUUUCCUUGUCUUUUAGCUAAGCCAAGUUAACUGGCUCCUGGCUGGAGCUUUAUAUUUAGUGUACAGACACAUCCACUACUCGGCAAGAAAGCAAAUACUGAUACGCGUAUUUCUGAAUUAGUGGAACUAUUCCUUUAUUUAAGAGUUUGUAUGUUAGACACCAAAACGCAGAUUUUAAUCUCUAGUGAGUUUGUAUAAAUGCAGUCAAACCGUCGUGAUGUAGGCUAAUUAGCUGCCACAGUGCAAGAAAACAUUUAAAACAACAAAAAACAGUCUGUUGAUGUUAACUUGGACACUGGUAUCGAUCUGUGCAUGACGUUAGGUUAUAGCUCCUCAGUGUAUCAGGAUCCUUUUUUAUGCAGAUUCAUUACCCACCCACCUCCACCUCCACUAGCAUGUUUGUUCUAGUUGUUUCUAUUUAUUUCAUGUCUAACAAGUGACCGCAUUAUGUCAUCCAUUGUGUGUCUGGUGUUGAGAAUCCAAAAACAGUUGUGAUGUCCUCAAAGCAUGAGCAAUAUGUACGGUCUCUUUUUUUGUAAAGAGAGGACUCUUAUCCCUUUGUAUGCUGUUGAAGAAAGCAUGAAAAGGAUCGUUAUCAUAAGCAUUAUGAACCCUAAUGAGAGUUGAAACAUGGAAAGAACUUCUGAAUGUAAAAACAAGUUCAGUAUCCAUGUUUUGUUUUUAGUUUACGGAUUGAAAAGCACACUAUUUACAAGACUGUAUAAAGCAAUACAUGGCAAAGUAACGUGUUUGUAAUAAUAAAGCUCCAUGUUUAAAA